AUGCAAAGAUAUCAUCGUUUAAACCAGCUACUUGCCAAUGUUAUAGGGUCACCAUAUAAUCGCUUAUCAUCAAACCUAUCACAAAAAGCCAGCAGUGAGGUAGGAGAAAAUGUCAAAGAAUCAAAGAAAGCAGAAUCGACAAGAAUGGCAGAGUUUCGAAAAAAGUUGAGGGAAACGACCCCAAUCAACGAUCUUGGUGAACAAUCUUUGCACCCAGCACCAAAAGAUGACCCUUUACCACCAUGGCCAAACGACACCAAUCCUAAUACUGGUGAAGUUGGAGGACCUAGAGGACCAGAACCAACAAGAUAUGGUGAUUGGGAGAGAAAGGGCAGGGUCUCAGACUUUUAG